CGCUUAUCUAAAAUGGUUCCGAAUAACAGCAGUCUUGGAGAGAUAAAGACUUAGGAGCGUGUGCGUUGGUUGGGAGGGGGGAUGACAAGUAGUGGAGACGAAAAGAUACUAUAUAGUGUCCACGAUCAUGGCUCCUUUAAUGGUGUUGCUCUUUGCGGGGUUGCAGCUUCUGCUGGUGUCGCAAUGGCGUCCUGGCACCUCUUCAGCUUUAGCCUACUCCCUCUUCUGUUCUCCUAAACUCUGGGAAGGGCGUUUAUGGACGUUGCAGAUGAAGCAAACUGAUGAGGGUACCGACGUAUGGGAGAGUGUCGCUGACAUCAGUGUGGAUGUCAUUGGCCAGAGGCUGGCAUCUCGUGAAACCGGAUCCAGAUUUGGACAGGAGUACAACACCUCUUAUCUGUACUAUUUUCCUGCGAGAACUCUCUAUGUGAUAACGGAUGGAAGGUGUCAGGCCUAUGGUCUGGAGGGCAACGUAACAGUCAAGUGCGUUGAUAUUCCUGACCAGUACAUCGUAGAGUACUUGAAGGAGUAUAUGGGAGACGACUAUACAAAUGGCGUUUUCGCUAGCGGAAUGAGAGACAUUCGGGAUGGUGUUGGUCACUUCUACAGUGUCGACCCAGAGGGGAACAUUCCGCUCUUAGAAGAAACACAUGGUGUCAUAGAUGAAAUACCUACAUACACAGUCACAAACUACUACAAUAUCACUCUGGGAAUCAAAGAUCCCACAGUGUUCACACCACCAGAAAUCUGCCUGCAGUCUCCGGUUCAGCGACUGGGAAAAGGAGAUGAAAUUCCAGUUGCAUCUCUCAUCUUGCUCUCUGUUUGAUUAGCCUCACACCAACGACUGAUACAGUUGGAGAGAGUAGAGCAGUGAAGCUCGAAUUCCUGUUACUCUUCAUGAACCACUUGAGAAUUAAAAAAAAAA